CGCGAAGCCUGCGCAGACGCCGGUAAGCUAAGUUGCCACCGGUCGCCCGCCAAGCCGCCGACGCCAGUCGUUACGUAUGCUCUGUGUAAAUCAGACGGCAUUGCUUACUAUCGUAUAUGUAAAUAUCGCGGUGAAUUUUCACAAUACAAAAUAAUUUAAAGUGUCUACUAUAGUGCGAUAUUUGAAAUCAAUUGAGUGAAGUGGAUAUCGCAUUACGAAGUGUCUUACUAGAAAUAUAUAGUGUCAUAAGGCUUUUACGGAAUGAUAAUUCAAUGUGUUGUGGGAGUUCUACCACCGGAGCUUAUUGAAUGAAUUGGUCACCGCUGAUGUGGUGUGCGGGGGUGCGAGGAGGAUGCGCGAGGAGGAGCUGGAGGUGGCGCUGAAGGUGGUGAUCGUGGGCGACGGCGGCGUCGGCAAGUCCAGCAUGAUCCAGCGUUACUGCCGCGGCACAUUCACCCGCGACUACAAGAAGACCAUCGGCGUCGACUUCCUCGAGAGACAGAUUGAGAUCGAUGGCGAGGAGGUGCGGCUGAUGCUAUGGGACACGGCGGGACAAGAGGAGUUCGACGCGAUUACGAAGGCGUACUACCGCGGUGCGCACGCCUGCGUACUCGCAUUCUCCACAACAGACCGGGAUUCCUUUCUUGCGCUGCACUCUUGGAAACUAAAGGUUGAGAAUGAAUGCGGUGAAAUCCCGACAAUCAUAGUGCAAAAUAAGAUAGAUUUGAUGGACCAAUGCGUAGUUGGACCGGAUGAGGCGGAGCUGGUGGCGCGCGCACUCGGCUGCCGGCUGAUGCGGGCCUCGGUCAAGGAGGAUGUCAACGUGGGCGCGGUGUUCCGGGCGCUCGCCGCACGCUGCCUCGCUGACAUGCGCGCUGACGAUGACGCGCCCAGCGUCAACACAACGCCUGUUAUUGGUAGUUUCACAAACCACAAUAGCAACGGCACGAUCCUGCUGCGGCCCGCCAAGCACCGCCCAGGAAAGAAGAGGAACGUUUUCAAGAGCGCCUGUAGGAUACUCUGAUUUGAUUUCUAGAAGAUUCUAGAUCUAAAUUUUCUAUUUUAGUUGCCUUACAAAUGAACAGUAUAUUAUAUUUCUUUAAAUUUACGAAAUCCGUAGUCCUUGUUUACAUUUAUAUUAAGCCCAGUAAAAUACUUUAAAUCAAAAUAAAAAAAAAACUUCAAUAUUAGCGAUCUCGGCUGCGAUGUGGGUUUACAUGGCCAGUAAUUUGUGCCGUUUUAACGCGUUCAGUACCACUGUAUUUAAGGAGUAUAAAAGGAAAUACACUUCAGUCUAUUUUUUUUUAAUUUGGCAUAUAUUUUUAAUGAAAAAAAUGGCCUGAUGCAUAAAUGAUUUUAAACCCCUGAUUUUCACGUACUAAUGUGAUGCAUGUAAUAAUAUUCAUUUUAUAUUUAUUUACCUACGUUUCAUACGAGAUAUUUAUUUUAAAUUUAUUCUAAUUAGUGAUAGGCGCGACUUAUGUAUUAUUGUACAGAUAAUUAAAUUAGCCGUUAAUGUAUGUAACAACGUGCAAUGAAAUAGUUUGUAUUUAGUUUUACGUUACAAAACUAACAACAUUCUGGCAACAUUUUAUUUGAAAUCUAAAUUGUCUAUGACAUAAAUAUAUUCUAUGUUUAUUGCAGAAUAAAAAUAAAUUCUAGUGUAUUAUCAAGUUAUGUGAGAUACACGUAACUUGUUAAGCCAGUUUUUAGUAUAACAAAAGGCAUAUUUCUAAUUAUUUUUAAUAAAGUAGUUUUUAAAUUGAAUAGAUAAAAAAAUUGUUAUUUUCCUAAAAGUCAACGCUUUUAUAAUUUACUAUAAACUGUAAAACACGUCGAAUUGUAA